CUUCGACGUCUUUCUAAGUUGGACACCUCUGGGUAGUGCCGGGAGAGGAAUGAACAGGCUGUCAAGUCCCAGGGCACGCACUGCCCCCCCAGCUGGUGAUGACCCAGGCCAUUUCCCCCCAUCCAUAGCCAGUUGGCCUGCCCUCACCACCACCCUGGCAACCUCCGUUUCCAUAUUCAUGUUAACCGAAGUCCCUGGGGUUAGGGAGAGCUGGCGGCCUGGAUCAGAGCGCCUUACUGCCCUCGUAUUCCAUCCCCUACCCAGGGUUUCUGCACCACAGGCUCCUAGACAUCCGGUCUGAGAUGGGCCCCUGCCUAAGAGGACGGGAUGCUGGAGUUAGGGGGAGAAGGUGCCUUGCAGGAGGGAGAUGCCUGACUUCUGAAGCAAUGGAAACCAGGGCCUGCGGUGUUAAUUGUUGUGGCUAAUUUUCCGUUGGCUGCCAAGGGAGGAAGGAUUGUGUGUCCUGGAGCGAGAGGCUGGGCCAAACCUGGUGCUCUCUCCCUCUCUUUCCCCUCUCGCUGCUGCAGUUGCCUUUGCCUGCACAGGACAGGUCUGGCUGGUUAGUCUGGUGGUUGCUGGGGGAGGGGGGGCAGAGUAGGGCCCCAGGUCUGUGUGGCAGCAGGGCCUUGCCCCACUCGGGGUACCGCCACAGGCUGGCAGGGGUCAGGGAGAAUGGAGUGGGGGGUCAGCAGGGACGAACUCGGCCUGGGCCUUCUGACAGAGACAUCUGGGGAGAAAGCCAGGGACGUAGCCCUGCUGACAGCAGAUAAGGAAGACAUUCGGCUGCUGUCGUCAGCGUUGGGUGUAAAGAAAAGAAAACGAGGACCUAAGAAACAGAAGGAGAACAAGCCAGGAAAACCCCGGAAACGGAAGAAGCGUGACAGCGAGGAAGAAUUUGGCUCGGAGCGAGAUGAGUACCGGGAGAAGUCUGAGAGCGGGGGCAGUGAAUAUGGAACCGGACCAGGUCGGAAACGGAGACGGAAGCACCGAGAAAAAAAGGAGAAGAAGACCAAGCGGCGGAAAAAAGGGGAAGGAGAUGGGGGACAAAAGCCGGUAGAACAGAAGUCAUCGGCCACUCUGCUUCUGACCUGGGGGCUGGAGGACGUGGAGCAUGUGUUCUCUGAAGAGGAUUACCAUACACUCACCAACUACAAGGCCUUCAGCCAGUUCAUGAGGCCCCUCAUUGCUAAGAAGAAUCCGAAGAUCCCGAUGUCCAAGAUGAUGACCAUCCUUGGGGCCAAGUGGAGAGAAUUCAGCGCCAACAACCCCUUCAAGGGGUCGGCAGCUGCUGUGGCGGCGGCAGCGGCAGCGGCGGCGGCAGCUGUAGCUGAGCAGGUGUCAGUGGCUGUCUCAUCGGCCACCCCCAUAGCACCUUCCGGACCUCCCAUCCUUCCACCACCCCCUGCUGCUGAUAUCCAGUCCCCACCUAUCCGAAGAGCCAAAACCAAAGAGGGCAAAGGUCCAGGCCAUAAGAGGCGGAGUAAGAGCCCCCGAGUGCCGGAUGGACGGAAGAAGCUCCGGGGAAAGAAGAUGGCCCCGCUGAAAAUUAAACUAGGACUGCUGGGCAGCAAGAGGAAGAAGGGAGGCUCGUAUGUUUUACAGAGUGAUGAGGGCCCUGAGCCUGAGGCCGAGGAGUCAGACCUAGACAGCGGCAGCAUCCACAGUGCCUCGGGGCGCCCUGACGGGCCUGUCCGCCCCAAGAAACUAAAGCGAGGCCGGCCGGGACGGAAGAAGAAGAAGGGUAAAGGCGCGUUCCUUAGCUUCCUGGGCUGUCCUGCAGUGGCCGGGGAGGAGGAGGUUGAUGGCUACGAGACGGACCACCAGGAUUACUGUGAGGUGUGCCAGCAGGGUGGGGAAAUUAUUCUGUGCGACACCUGCCCUCGUGCCUACCACCUCGUCUGCCUUGAUCCUGAACUUGACCGGGCUCCUGAGGGCAAGUGGAGCUGCCCGCACUGUGAGAAGGAGGGGGUCCAGUGGGAGGCCAAGGAGGAGGAAGAAGAGUAUGAAGAGGAAGGAGAGGAAGAAGGGGAGAAGGAGGAGGAAGACGACCACAUGGAGUACUGCCGUGUGUGCAAGGAUGGCGGCGAGCUCCUCUGCUGUGACGCCUGCAUCUCCUCCUACCACAUUCAUUGUCUAAACCCUCCGCUGCCUGACAUCCCCAACGGCGAGUGGCUGUGUCCCCGAUGCACCUGCCCGGUGCUGAAGGGGCGCGUGCAGAAGAUCCUACACUGGCGGUGGGGGGAGCCGCCCGUGGCUGUGCUGGCUCCCCAACAGACAGAUGGGGAUCCCGACGCCCCAGCCCCCCGCCCCCUUCAAGGCAGAUCGGAGCGCGAGUUCUUUGUCAAGUGGGUCGGCCUGUCCUACUGGCACUGCUCCUGGGCCAAGGAGCUUCAGCUGGAAAUCUUCCACCUGGUAAUGUAUCGAAACUACCAACGGAAGAAUGACAUGGACGAGCCCCCACCCCUGGACUACGGCUCUGGGGAGGACGAGGGAAAGAGCGGCAAGCGCAAGGUGAAGGACCCCCACUAUGCCGAACUGGAGGAGAAGUUCUACCGCUUCGGCAUCAAGCCAGAGUGGAUGACUGUCCAUCGCAUCAUCAACCACAGUGUGGAUAAAAAGGGGAAUUACCACUAUUUAGUGAAAUGGAGGGACUUGCCAUAUGACCAGUCUACGUGGGAGGAAGAUGAAAUGAGCAUCCCUGAAUAUGAAGACCAUAAGCAAAGCUACUGGAGACACCGAGAACUAAUUAUGGGGGAGGACCCCGCCCAGCCCCGCAAAUGUAAGAAGAAGAAGAAGGAGCUACAGAUGGACGGGCCUCCAAGUUCUCCUACUAAUGAUCCUACAGUGAAAUACGAGACUCAGCCACGGUUCAUCACCGCCACAGGCGGCACACUGCAUAUGUACCAGCUAGAAGGGCUGAACUGGCUACGCUUCUCGUGGGCCCAGGGGACAGACACCAUUCUGGCUGAUGAGAUGGGCUUGGGCAAGACCAUUCAAACCAUUGUCUUCCUCUACUCGCUCUAUAAGGAGGGCCACACAAAAGGCCCCUUCCUGGUGAGUGCGCCACUCUCUACUAUCAUUAACUGGGAGCGAGAGUUCCAAAUGUGGGCACCCAAGUUCUACGUGGUGACGUACACGGGUGACAAGGACAGCCGGGCCAUCAUUCGUGAGAAUGAGUUUUCCUUUGAGGACAAUGCCAUUAAAGGUGGCAAGAAAGCUUUCAAGAUGAAGAGAGAAGCCCAGGUGAAGUUCCAUGUGCUCCUGACCUCGUAUGAGCUGAUCACCAUUGAUCAGGCCGCGCUGGGCUCCAUCCGCUGGGCCUGCCUCGUGGUGGAUGAGGCCCAUCGGCUCAAGAACAACCAGUCCAAGUUUUUCAGGGUCCUCAAUGGGUAUAAGAUAGACCAUAAGUUACUGCUGACCGGCACCCCGUUGCAGAAUAACCUGGAGGAGCUCUUCCACCUGCUGAACUUCCUCACCCCCGAGAGGUUUAACAACCUGGAGGGCUUCUUGGAGGAGUUUGCUGACAUAUCCAAAGAGGACCAGAUUAAGAAGCUGCAUGACUUGUUGGGGCCACACAUGCUGCGGAGGCUCAAAGCUGAUGUCUUUAAGAACAUGCCGGCCAAGACAGAGCUCAUUGUUCGAGUGGAGCUGAGCCCAAUGCAGAAGAAAUACUACAAGUACAUCCUGACUCGAAAUUUUGAGGCCUUGAAUUCACGAGGUGGUGGGAACCAAGUGUCACUACUUAACAUCAUGAUGGAUCUUAAGAAGUGUUGCAACCAUCCGUACCUGUUUCCUGUGGCCGCCAUGGAGUCCCCCAAACUCCCUAGUGGGGCUUACGAGGGUGGGGCGCUGAUCAAGUCGUCGGGGAAGCUUAUGCUGCUGCAGAAGAUGCUGCGGAAGCUCAAGGAGCAAGGACACAGAGUGCUUAUCUUCUCACAGAUGACCAAAAUGUUAGACUUGCUAGAGGACUUCUUAGACUACGAAGGCUACAAGUAUGAGCGCAUUGACGGUGGCAUCACCGGUGCACUGAGGCAGGAAGCCAUUGAUCGGUUCAAUGCUCCUGGGGCCCAACAAUUCUGCUUCCUUCUGUCCACCCGCGCUGGGGGCCUGGGCAUCAAUCUGGCCACUGCUGACACGGUCAUCAUCUUCGAUUCUGACUGGAACCCUCAUAAUGACAUCCAGGCCUUCAGCCGGGCUCACCGGAUUGGCCAGGCCAACAAAGUGAUGAUUUACCGGUUUGUGACGCGUGCGUCAGUGGAAGAGCGAAUCACACAAGUGGCCAAGAGAAAGAUGAUGCUGACACAUCUGGUCGUGCGACCCGGGCUGGGCUCCAAGGCCGGCUCCAUGUCCAAGCAGGAACUGGACGACAUCCUCAAGUUUGGCACCGAGGAGCUGUUCAAGGAUGAAAAUGAAGGCGAGAAUAAGGAAGAAGACAGCAGCGUGAUCCACUACGACAAUGAGGCUAUUGCUCGGCUCUUGGACCGGAACCAGGAUGCUACGGAAGACACUGAUGUGCAGAACAUGAAUGAGUACCUCAGCUCCUUCAAGGUGGCCCAGUAUGUUGUACGGGAAGAAGACAAGAUUGAGGAAAUCGAACGGGAGAUCAUCAAGCAGGAGGAGAACGUGGACCCGGACUACUGGGAGAAGCUGCUGAGGCACCACUACGAGCAGCAGCAGGAGGACCUGGCCCGGAAUCUCGGCAAGGGCAAGCGUGUUCGGAAGCAAGUUAAUUACAAUGAUGCGGCUCAGGAGGACCAAGAUAACCAAUCAGAAUACUCAGUGGGAUCAGAGGAGGAGGAUGAAGACUUCGAUGAACGUCCUGAAGGCCGUCGCCAGUCCAAGAGGCAGCUGCGGAAUGAAAAAGAUAAGCCGCUGCCUCCACUGCUGGCUCGAGUUGGGGGUAACAUCGAGGUGCUGGGAUUCAACACUCGCCAGCGGAAGGCCUUCCUCAACGCUGUGAUGCGCUGGGGCAUGCCCCCUCAGGAUGCCUUCACCACCCAGUGGCUGGUGCGGGACCUGAGGGGCAAGACUGAGAAGGAGUUUAAGGCCUACGUGUCUUUGUUCAUGCGCCAUCUCUGCGAACCGGGGGCGGACGGCUCUGAGACCUUUGCUGAUGGUGUCCCCCGGGAGGGACUGAGUCGCCAACAAGUGUUGACCCGCAUUGGAGUCAUGUCCCUCGUCAAGAAAAAGGUACAGGAGUUUGAGCACAUCAACGGGCGCUGGUCGAUGCCUGAGCUGAUGCCUGACCCCAGUGCCGACUCGAAGCGCUCCUCAAGAGCCUCCUCUCCUACCAAAACAUCGCCCACCACUCCCGAGGCUUCCGCUGCAAACAGCCCGUGCACCUCGAAACCUGCGACUCCAGCUCUGAGUGAGAAAGGCGAUGGGAUAAGGACGCCUCUCGAGAAAGAUGAAGCUGAAAACCAGGAGGAGAAACCAGAGAAAGAGAGCAAGAUGGGGGAGAAGAUGGAGACAGAGCCUGACGCACCCAGCCCAGUCCCUUCACUAGGGGAGCGGCUGGAGCCAAGGAAGAUCCCUCUGGAGGAUGAGGUGCCAGGGAUACCUGGAGAGAUGGAGACUGAACCUGGGUACCGGGGGGACAGAGAGAAGUCAGCCACAGAGUCGACGCCAAGAGAGAGGGGGGAGGAGAAGCCGUUGGAUGGACAGGAGCACAGGGAGAGGCCGGAGGGGGAAACGGGGGAUUUGGGCAAGAGAGCAGAAGACGGUAAAGGGGACCGGGAGCUCCGGCCAGGGCCUCCGCGAGAUGAGCCACGGUCCAACGGGCGGCGGGAAGAGAGAGCCGAGAAGCCGCGGUUCAUGUUUAAUAUCGCAGAUGGUGGUUUCACAGAGCUUCACACGCUGUGGCAGAAUGAGGAGCGGGCAGCCAUUUCCUCCGGGAAACUCAACGAGAUCUGGCACCGAAGACACGACUAUUGGCUUCUGGCCGGGAUUGUCCUCCACGGUUAUGCACGGUGGCAGGACCUCCAGAAUGAUGCGCAGUUUGCUAUUAUCAAUGAGCCGUUUAAAACUGAAGCCAAUAAAGGGAACUUUCUGGAGAUGAAAAAUAAGUUCCUGGCCCGGAGGUUCAAGCUCCUGGAGCAGGCGCUGGUGAUUGAGGAGCAGCUGCGGCGGGCGGCCUACCUGAAUCUGUCACAGGAGCCGGCGCACCCCGCCAUGGCCCUCCACGCCCGCUUCGCCGAGGCCGAGUGCCUGGCCGAGAGCCACCAGCACCUCUCCAAGGAGUCGCUGGCGGGGAACAAGCCGGCCAACGCCGUCCUGCACAAGGGUAAGGGCCGCGGCGGCCCCGCGCGGGGGAGGGCCCACAACGCUGCUUCUGAACCAGCUGGAGGAGUUGCUGAGCGACAUGAAGGCGGACGUGACCCGCCUGCCAGCCACGCUGUCCCGAAUACCCCCCAUCGCAGCCCGCCUUCAGAUGUCCGAGCGCAGCAUCCUCAGCCGGCUGGCCAGCAAGGGCGCAGAGCCUCACCCCACGCCGGCCUUCCCUCCGGGUCCGUACGCCACACCUCCGGGGUACGGGGCAGCCUUCAGCGCCGCCCCCGUAGGGGCGCUGGGCGCCGCAGGCGCCAAUUACAGUCAGAUGCCCGCAGGUUCCUUCAUCACAGCCGCCACCAACGGCCCUCCAGUGCUGGUGAAAAAGGAGAAGGAAAUGGUGGGGGCAAUGGUGUCAGACGGGCUGGAUCGGAAGGAACCCCGAGCCGGGGAGGUGAUCUGUAUAGACGACUGACCGGAUCCCAGGCCUGCCCUUCACCCAGGCCCUGUUCCCGAGGCCGGCCCCCAGUCCAGGCUCUGGGGCCUGCUGCCAAUCCUCCACCUUCCCCACCCCUCGGGCCACCAUUGGGCUAGAAGCCCCUUUGCCCCUCUCUGCAGGAAGGACCUUAAGUCUUUCUCCACUCCCAUGCACCCUUCCUGCUGAGCUUUGAGGAGUGUGCUGGUGAAAAGAGGGUGGUGGGAGAUGGUUAGCAGGGUCUUUCAAGUACCUUUCUCCCCUCCCCCACCCCCAACAUACACAGCUUCCCAAUAAAUGGUGUAGGGAGGAAAGAGGUGGCGCCUCCCCAGUCUUUUUUCCUGCAAUGUAAGCACCAUCUCCCGCAGAAGCCGGGGAGCCUUGCUUGGCCUUUAGGAACUUUUUUGGGAGGGGAGGGGGAAGCUUGGAAGAGAGGAGGAGGAUUUUCGAGAGGGUUGGCAAAUGAGUUCUGGGAGGGAGCAAGGGAGGAGGUGGGCUGCAUGUUACCCUCCCCACCUCUCCCCAAAUCAAGGGUGAAGCAGUCAACAGGGAGGGAACCCAUUGCUGACCAGCCUCAGAAUAAAGGUACCGUCCAUUGGCUCAGUACCUCCCGUGUACCAGCAUCUCAUGUGAGCCAUUUUCCCCCUCUGUAGGGACCAAGGACCACCCCUACAAAAAGAACAAAAUGGUUGGGCGCCACCCUCUCAAGCCAAAGAGGAGCUCCCCAACCUGUUCUAGGGGCCAUGUAACCUAGAAACGGUGGAAGAGAAUACCGUGGGCCAGAUACGGGGGAGCCCCCCACCUUGGGUUCAUGUCCCUAGAAGGCUUGGCCCUCCUCAAGGACUAGAUACAGACUAAGUGUGAGUGGGUCACGCAGGGGGGCUAGUCAGGAGGCCAUCUUGCCCCUUGACACCUCUAAAGCAGAGCAAAAGAGUGGCGGAGGGCAGGCUGGGGACACAUGGGCACAUCCCCUUCCCAGAAGGAGCCGGGGAGAGUGGCAGUUUGCAUGGCGAACCCCCCACUUCCUCUUCGCUGCCCUUCACUUUCUUGCUGCCCCUCUCCCAGUCUCUCUUCACACCCACUCCUGGUCUGUCCCGACCCCUUCUUCUGUAUCAGGUUUAUUGGUUGUACAUAUAAAUUAUACUUUCCUUUC